AUGACAUUCACUCGCUCUGUCACGCAGCUGCUGCGCUCCUCCCGGGUCGCCGGCCAGACCUACGGCGGCAACCCUGUCCUCAGAGCUUUCGGCCACGACAGACUGGCUGCGCGUCACUAUGCAGCUGUCUACCAGCGGAACAAGCCCCAUGUAAACAUUGGCACGAUUGGCCACGUUGAUCACGGAAAGACGACACUAACCGCAGCCAUCACGAAACGACAGGCCGAGCAGGGGUUCGCCAAAUACCUCGACUAUGGCUCUAUCGACAAAGCUCCGGAGGAGCGGAAGCGUGGUAUCACCAUCUCGACCGCUCAUAUCGAAUAUGAAACUCCCAACCGACACUACUCGCACGUCGACUGCCCUGGUCACGCCGAUUACAUCAAGAACAUGAUCACAGGUGCUGCAAACAUGGACGGCGCUGUCAUCGUUGUGGCUGCCGGUGACGGACAAAUGCCGCAAACUCGAGAGCAUCUUCUGCUCGCCCGCCAGGUCGGCGUCCAGAAAGUUGUCGUUUUCAUCAAUAAGGUGGACACAAUCGAAGACAAGGAAAUGCUUGAACUCGUCGAGAUGGAAAUGCGCGAGCUCCUGACUUCCUACGGCUUCGAGGGUGACGAUACCCCCAUCAUCUUCGGCUCCGCCCUCUGCGCCAUCGAAGACAAGAAGCCCGAGAUCGGUGUUGACCAGAUCGACAACCUCCUCAAAUCAGUCGACGAGUGGAUCCCCACACCCGAGCGAGAUCUCGACAAGCCGUUCAUGAUGUCCAUCGAAGAGACCUUUUCGAUAGCCGGCAGAGGCACAGUCGUCUCCGGCCGUGUCGAGAGAGGCACCUUGAAGAAGGAUUCCGAGGUCGAGGUCGUGGGAUACAUGGACACCCCGAUCAAAACCAAGGUCACCGAUAUCGAGACCUUCAAGAAGUCUUGCGACGAGUCUCGAGCUGGCGACAACUCCGGUCUGCUACUGCGAGGCGUCAAGCGUGAGGAUGUUCUAAGAGGCAUGGUCGUUGCUGCACCAGGCACAGUCAAGGCUGCCAAAGAGGCACUCGUGUCUAUGUAUGUUCUGAGCGAGGAAGAAGGUGGCCGCAAGACAGGUUUCUCGGAAGCUUUCAGACCGCAGGCUUUUAUUAGGACAGGUGAUGACGCCUGUGAGUUCAAAUGGCCAGAGGGCACCGAAGAUACCACCAAGCUCGUCAUGCCUGGCGACAACGUCGAGAUGGUCAUGAAGCUCCUCAAGCCAAUCGCCCUUCAGAGUGGCGACCGCUUCAAUGUGAGAGAGUCGGGCAAGACUGUGGCCACAGGUCUGGUUACUCGAGUCAUCAAGUGA